GACAAUAUUUGGAUAUCCUUGACCUUAGAAAAUGAUUCAUUGACCAACAGUCUACUGACAACAUAAUUGUGAGUGACUUGUGUCAUGUAUAACACCCAGCAGCAAUGGACAGUCUUUUGGUAGACCUUGACAAGGUUCUUGAUGACUUCGAGGCAGAAGAGGACUUAGCCCCUGGUAGCGAGAUCAAGCCUAGUGGGUACCGGCAAUACUUGGAACAGACAGAAACUCAGACAUGGAACGCUAUUGAAAAUCUGCAAGUAUCAGAUGCCUACAAAGCCUCAGCGUACGUACAUGGAGGACAUGGCAAGAAGAAUGGAUGUGACCAGCUCAAUGAAGGUCAGCCCACAUUGAGAUAUGACUUUCCUUAUGAACCAGAAACCUUUGACCUUUCUGAGGCAGAUUUUUCUCCCAGCCCUCUGCCAACUGAGGGCACAUAUAAAGGGUCGUUGAGCUAUUCAAAGGAAAAUGGUAUCGAAGGGUCACAAGUAAUCAAAGAACAAGACAGGCAGCCCCAUCAGCAAACCUUUGCAAAAGAGCCAGGAACGCCCUACGAAAAUGUGAAAACAAACUUUUUCCGUCUGUCACAAUCACAUGGUGGUGCAAAUGAAUCAUGUCGUUAUGAAAUCAACAUGGAUACGGCACCAAUCUCAGAAGUUGUGGUGCAAAAAUGUUCUGAGGUUUCUAAACCACAGGUUAAUGGCUUUGAAAGUAGACCCCUUGAACCCCCUCCUUACAGUGAACGAAAUGAAAGACCAACUCUCGGUUCUCAUUUUACCAGCACUACUUUUUUGUCUAGUGACAGUUCUUGUUCAAACCCAGACAAAUACCCUAUUCAGUGUAAUACGCCGCAAACACCAAAGGAAAAUCCUUUACUGAGUUCAAUAGAAUCACAGUUUAGUAUGCAAAGUAAUGUCCAUGAUAGCAAAUCAACUUCUGCAACUUCUAGUGACAAUUUUGAAAACAUUCCGAAACUUGAUUUCCUGAAACAAGACCUAGCUACAACAGUCUGGCCUAAGACAGACCAUUCAACCAACAUGCAAAGACAUUUGAAUGGUGCUAAUUCUUUCCCGGCCAGUUUACACAUGCAUUUUUCACAGAACACUCCUGGUGCUACAAAUUCUUUACCAAGUGACUAUGGAAGUCAAACAUCAGCGGUGUAUAACAACCAACUUGGCGGUAAUUUAUUGCAUACACAAGAGUUGAAUUUGUCUGUUUUGCGCAAAGAGCCCACGUCUUCAGAACCUCAUGUGUUGAGAUCAGAAAACAAAUCAAGCAAUUUUGCUUCACAAAUUUCUCAAAUAUCUGAAAAAAAUUAUUUAAGUGAAGUAAACAAUUCAGUACCAGAGACAGAAUACUCGAGCAACAAAGAAUUCACACAGAAUUUCAGAACAGGAAUUUCAGACAUUAAUCAACAGGAAAAAUCUGUGUUAAAUCCACGUGAUUCCUUGUUACUUUAUACGAAAACUGAAUCAAGUGGUCUGAAAGAAGAGGCUUUAGCAGCAUUUACAGACCAUCCACCUAAAUAUCCAGGUAAGUAUGGACUGCCUGUGGAACAAGUGGUUGGUUUUGGGGAGGUAGACGAAGAUAUGGUUGUAGAUGAAAAGGAACUUGCUGAGUAUCUAGGUGACAGCAAGCUGAAUGGCGCAACUGUGAACUAUGUGCCAAAACAUGAGCUUAUUGAAAAAGCUGGUGAUCUAAUAACUACAGGUGCACUCAGAGAUUCAUUGACCAGUAAACCAGGUUGUGAUAGAAUACAGAUGGAUAUUAACGAACCUAUUGAACAAACCACUACUAUUACUGAUGCUGUUGUAUUGGUACCAGUGACAGCUGUUCACGUCACUGGUAAAACUGAGGAAUCUGUGGUCCCUGAUCAGAGCACAAAUCUUUCACCCAGUGCGAAUAUUUCAUUGGACAGUGGUUGUGCAUCAAUGAAUGACAAUCUUGGUGAAGCUGCCAGUGGUGAUAUGAACGAGGAAAGAACCGAGGAUAGGUCUUAUAUGGGCGCUCGACCUAAAGACAGUAGGAAAGUUAACAGACCUAACAGUUUAAGUGGACUUUCUACAGUGGACUUAAAUGGAGAGUCACCUUUUGUUUCAAGGCAUGGUGAGAUGCAGCAAACACAGUUUGAAGGCGCUGAUGAUGAAAUGAUAACAGAUGAUGCGCAACCAUUUGUUGAGAAUCUUAUCAGCGAAACAUUAAUCAAUGAGUCAAGACAGAUGAUGGAAACCGAAUCUGGAAUAUUUAAUGGUGAACAAAGGGUUAUUGACACAGGUGAGAUGGACACUUUCCAGCAAAUACCAGUGGUAGACUCUGACAAAGCCAGGUCAUCGAGCCCAACUGAAACGGGAAUGUCACACAUGUCGGUUAAACGUCCGAACAGUCUCAACCUCAGUUCGCCACCCACCAUGGAUUCUGCAGACCUGGAGGAGGCAGGGGAUGGUGGUGCUGGGGAGGAAGUACAGGACGUCAUGGAGACUGGGCAGUCAGCAGACCAACAAGCACCUGCAGGUGCAGAAGGUUACACAGAUGAGGCGGUUGGAGGGGUGGACCCCAGUAUGACUGCCCAGGGGGGCUGGGACCCGUCCCUACCGCCUCCUUACUCCAGCAGCAGCACCCUGGGACAGGUGGCCCCUCAGUGGAUCCCUGAUAGCGAGGCGCCUGUCUGUAUGAGCUGUAGUGCGAGAUUCACAUUCACCAAGCGGCGACAUCACUGUAGGGCCUGUGGCAAGGUGUACUGCUCUGUGUGCUGCAACAUGAAGGCUCGACUACCUCACCUGAGGAACCAGGAGGGGCGGGUCUGUGUCUUCUGCUUCUCUGAACUUGCAGCCAUUGAGCAGCAGAUUGGCUCCCAGGAUGGUUACCCACCACAUCCCAACAACCCCAGUGACUACUGCAGCACUGUACCCCCCACCCAGGGGGUGGUCAUGGCCCCAGAGCCACCGCCUUCGGUCCUUGUGCCUGUGUUAAAACGAGAUGAAAAACCAAAGAAAAAGCUGUUUGGCAGCAAUCGUCGUGCUGAGCCCAAGCAGGUGAUGUUCUCAGACGGUAUUAGGCCUGGGGGUGAUUUGACAGAGCUAGACGGGCACACUGAGGCAGGCCGGGCUAAUGCACGCAAAAAUAGACCUCCCAAACGGACCUCUACACAAGGCCCUUCAGCUAACCGGCCUCGUAAAGGUAUCAGGACCCAGGCUGAGAUGACCUUGAAAUGUUUGAUACCCGAGGAUGGGUUGCCUCCCAUCUCUGUGCCAAAACAAGAUGGCCCAGGAAAAUCACUUGUGAUGAAUCCAAAGAUAAGUGAGUUCCUGACAGAUAUGAAAGAUGAAGAUAAAGAACCUGUGAUAUUUGCUGUUAACACAAACCUGUACAUAAGCCUCAAAAUCGUUACGUUGGAUUGUUGCGUGAAUCGGACUGUGUGGUGUUUUGCGACACGAGGCAUGUCUAGUGUAGGGCAGGAGGAGAUUGCAAUUAUACUUGAGUGUAACCCAGAAGAACACUCCCCACCAUUGGACAUAUUCAAACAUCUCAACAAUGUGUUUGAAGAAGCCAGCAAAGGAAAUGAAAUACAAGAGAUGGGUCACUCAAUCUUCAACGAAAGUUUUCUGGACAGUCGAGACCACGGUGGGUUCCUGUACAUCCGCUCAACGUUCCAGUGCGUACAGAAGCUGCCCCUGCCAAACCCCCCUUUCCUGUUUGGGAUCCUCCUACAGAAAUGGGAGACGCCCUGGGCCAAGGUGUUCCCGCUCAGGUUGCUGCUGAGACUUGGGGCAGAGUACAGAUACUAUCCCUGCCCAUUGAUCAGCACACGAAAUCGCAAGCCUGUAUUCUAUGAGAUCGGUCACACGAUCAUGAACCUGCUGGCUGACUUCCGUAACUACCAGUACAUGCUUCCCACCAUACGGGGGCUCACCAUCCACAUGGAGGACAAGGUCACCAAGAUCAACUUCCCACGUAACAGAUAUGACGAGUUGAUGAAGGUGGUAACCAAUAGCAACGAGCAUGUGAUGUCGAUAGCGGCUACAUUCAGUUCAGAGGCUGACUCGCACCUUGUGUGCAUACAGAAUGAUGAGGGCAACUACCAAACCCAGGCCAUUAACAUACAGAACAAACCCAGGAAAGCAGUGACAGGAGCCAGCUUUGUCGUGUUCAACGGAGCCUUAAAGUCGAGCUCAGGUCUGACGGCAAAGUCCAGCAUUGUAGAGGACGGACUGAUGGUCCAGAUCACCGCGGACUCUAUGCUUGCACUGAAGCAGGCCAUCAAGGACAUGCAGGACUAUCCAAUCAGCUGUGGUCUACUGGGCGCUGGCAAACCUCCCGAGGAGACUGUGAUAGUGCAGUGGGUAGACGAGGACAAGAAUGUGAAUAUCGGUGUGAAGAGCCCAGUGGACAACAUGGCCCUGGACGGAAUAGAGAGCCUCAAGAUCCAUAGCAUGACCAACUAUGUGGGUGAGAAGUACACCAUCCGCUGGACUGAGAUCUUCUUCAUACAGAAUGAGGAGAGAGGCUCCCCAAAGUGGGACCCAGUGGAUCUGAGUCGUAUCGGUGGUACCGUGGCAACAGCAUGCUGCCAGGCCCUACUAAAGCACCUGGAGCCCCUCAAAGACUCACAGCUGGACAGGAUAGGGCUCCGUAUCUCACUGGGAAAUGAUCAGGUUGGCUACGAGGCAGGGGCCAAUGGAGACAGACUGCCAGAUGUGUACAUGAACGACCUUGACAAUGAGCUAGUCCCUGUGAUACACCGUGCUACCCAGCCAGACACAAUGAUUGUCUUGGAGCUGAUAUUUGAAGUGCUGGAGUGACUUUGUCCACUGCUUACAUGGGAUAACACUUAAGAUGGUUUGAUGUUAUUGUCUUGCGUCAUGCGAAAAGGGUUCAAUGCAGUAUGCAACUAUGCAUCCAGAGUAGCUCCAGCCCAGCCUGUGAAUCCUUGCAGUUUUAUUUUUGAAAAAGAUUUCUUUGUUAAGCAUGUGUUUAAUUAAUCAAGAAAGGCUUUUGUUAUGUUAUGUUAAUGUUUUUCUCAAACAAAUAUAUUAUGAAAAACAUGUACAAAUAAAUGAAUUUAUUAUACAUAUAAAGAGUAAUAUAUUUUAAUAAGUGCAGUGUGAAUAGUUAUUGUUGAAUUUUGUUUAUUGGUCUGUUCAUUAAAAUAAUAAAUUAAAAGAUCUUUUAUUUGCUGCGUCGACAGCAGCGUCGUCUAUGAGAAAGUUGUAAUGUAAAUAAUGAUCAUAUUGAAUUAUACAACUGCCAGAAGGGUGGAGUAAUGUUGUUGCGUUUCUAAGUGUGCAAUGUGUGUGUUUGUGUUUUGGAUCUCUAGUUCCCUUUGCAGUGGGUUUGUUGAUGCAGUCUACUGUUUACCACUAAAUACUUGACUGAGUACCAGGGGUGUGAUUCAUACUCUCAAGAUAUGCCCUCCUCCCUCGGGAAGCGGACAACGACAACGAGCGAGGCCUGGUUUAGGGGAGAUAACCCUGGGUUAGGGUUAAGGUUAGGGUUAAGGCUAACCCAAACCCGAUCACUAACCCUUACCCUAACCCUCUACCCCCCCCCCCCCCCAUUACAUUACCAGGCCUCGCUCGUUGUCGUUGUCCGCUUUCCUCCACCCUUUGAAUGACCUUUUUAGGCAGUUUAAACAUAGAGAAUGUUUGGAAAUUUUGUACAGUUUUAAGAAGCCUGUAAUAGGGUAGUUUAGUUGCCUCAGUUUUAAAGUUCUCAGAAAUAACACCAUUUUGUUUUAAGUUUUAAGCAAACUGUAUGUUCAGUGUUUGUUAAAACUUCAAAUACAAAUUAAUAAAAGUUAUAUGAAAAGUUUGCCGUGGGGUAAUGGAUAAGGUGUCUGCCUAGUGAUCAGGAGGUCACGGGAUAGAUCCCCACUCGGGGAGCGUUCUAUAGAUCUUCCCCAAGUACUGAUUUUAGGCCAAGGAAAUGGACUUGAGAACAUUUUUAUUAGCCUGAGGCUUUGGAUGCAAUCAAGCUAAAAUAAAUAGAUUUAUUUAAAGUUACCUGAUUUGCAUGAAUUCCCUCCGUUGUUGUGAUCUUGUCUCUGUUUGCUUAUCCAACAGUGACAUAUCAGUCAUUGGAUACAUGUACAGCGUCUUUAUUUAUGAGCUUUCAUAAUUCAAUUGACAUCUGAUUUCAAAGAAUAAUUAAACUUUAAUGAACUCUUCUUGUUAUUUUUUUUUUCUGGAAAAUAUGUACAAUGCCAGGGAAAGAUGUUGUCAAAAUACAGUUUCUAAGCAGCAGUUCUUUCCGCGUUACUGUUACGUAAUAACAUAAUCUAUGUUGUAAACUUAUAAUGGGAUUUUCAUCAGUUCUUAAUAUUACUAUUUUUGGAAAUGUAUUAAUAGAUAUUAUAUUUUAUUGUACAAUUCUUCUUUCGAUACAGCGCUCAUUCUAAAUAGAAGUUUUUGCGGCGAAAUAUUCUUCUAUAAUUGGUACAAGGUUAAACUCCAGAUCCCCAUGUAUAAAUUCUUGAUCAUUAAAAAACUGUGUAACAUGAUUUGUAAUGCAUCAAAAUUGAAGUAAAUCACAUUUAUCAGUGCUUUGUUUCGUGUUAAUUUAUAUUCCUCAGCGUAUUUUCAUGUAAUGUAUGCACAUGUGUAUUGCUUCUUAUCUUUAUUUAAGUGACACAUUAUAAUAUUAUGUUCUCUGCAAAUAGAUUUAGUGCCAAUUUUUGAAAGGACGUAUAAUUUUGCUCGUCAGAAUUAUUAUGAAAUGCAUGUUUGUAAUUAUGAAAUCUGUAGGUGUAUGAGAACUAUAGAGGUAUAUUUUAUUAAAUGUGCAUUUUUCACAGAAUGAUCAAUUGGUAACGAAAGCGUUGUGAAAUUUAAAAGUAAUGAAUAUAUGUUUUGACAAUACCCAGUUUUGUGAAUUAUUAACCCUUUCAGCGCUGGAACCGAAUUUUAAAGGCCUUUGCAAACAGUUUGGAUCCAGAUGAGACGCCACAGAACGUGGCGUCUCAUCAGGAUCCAAACUGUUUGCUAUUCUGAUAGUAUUCUUUGAAAAAAAUCGAAGAAAAUGCUAAUUUUAGAAAUUCGGCAGACGACAUUUUAGCAGAAGACAAAUUACCCAGCAUGCAAAGGGUUAAAAAACGCCACACAUAGCAAUCUAAGAUGUGUUCUUUGUGUUUAGAAAAGUCUGUGCAUGUCUAAUUAGAAUAAGAAAUGAAUAAUAAUUGAAUUAGGGUUGCCCAAACAAAAAUGUCAAUCAUUCAAUAAUGUGUGUGAUGACAGUGUUAAUGCAUAAUUCUUUUCUAGUCAUUCUGUUAGAAUAUUUGUGUCAUUCAUUUAGUGUAGCUGUAUGUUUGAAACUAUAUUUUAUGGGUCAGUGAUUGUCAGAUUUGCGUUUAUUUUUACCACAACAGGCAAGCUCGAUGUAUACAGAAAGAUGACAUUUUAGUUUGUGAUAAUGCAGCUGCAUUUUUGUUCUUGGUUGUAUUUUUUUCAAUACAUUUGUGUCAUAAAAGUUACCGGUAGAUUAAAUUUUACAGUUUAUGUACAGAUACUAGUAUAAUCAGUUUUGUUGUUUGAUAGUGCAAUUUGUCAUGUGAUGACCCUGUCAUCUUAUUGACCCAUCUGAAUCAAUGUAUGUAACCAAACAUAACCAGGGUGAAAAAUUUGUUAAAUUUAUAGUUGUGGAACUUAAUAUAAAUAUGGGAAGCCUGUUUGGGAACUUUUUUGUUGUUCUUCUAACAAGGUUUUAAAUAUAAUAUAUAUCUUAGUUAUCUCCUUGAACAACUGAUUUUAAUUACUUAAAAAGAUUAUUGUCACAUAAACAGUUUGAUAAUAUUUUAACUAAAAAUCUCUUUGUAGAAGCCUUUUGACCAUGGGACCUGUACCCUGUCAUGCACCGGUCGGUACAUAUAUAUUGUUGUUAUAUUGAUUUACAAAAGUGGUCAUAAUGUUGUUAAAGAUGUUAAAGAAUAAUCAUGUUGUAAAUUUUAUCAUGCAAUUUGUUUAUACAAACUGUUUGUAUCAUUCCUUGUGAAUGUGAAUGACGUGAUUCGGGUUACAUCAUAUGAAUGAGACAUGCUAUAGGAACACCGGGGUUACUCCAUGUGUGUAAAAUAUUGUCACAGAUUAGCCUAUGCUGCCUGCACAGGCUGAUCAGGGAGGACGCGUUCCACCCUCGUUCAGAAGAGACGUCCUUCAACCCUUUCCCCAAUUAGAAGCAAAGUGAAAAUGGCUUUUGCAAACAGCAUAAAACCAGAACAGCCUGCGAGAAACUCUCGGUCUGUUCAGGUUUUAUGCUGUUUGCUGCUCAUCAGUAUCUAAGGGUCGGAAAUGAAGCCUUUAAAACUUGAAUCUAGUAAGAAAGGUCUUAAAUUAAAAGUUACUUUCUAACGGACUACAAACACGUCAAAAUACAUAUCUAAGUGAAAAAUGCCAUAGGAGCAGAAAGUGUUGUCCCUGAUUAGACUGAUAAAACUGAAGGGGAUAAUCUGGAAUAUACUUUUAGGCCCGGUCUUCCAAGAGCGUGGAUCAUAUAUUGUUUUGUUAUCUGUAUAUUAUUUAUCUGUAUAGACAAGAGAUGUGAAGUGUAUGGUAUUUUCUAGCACAAAUAAAUACUUAUACAUCAA